AUGGGUAAUGAGAAUUCUAUCCCGAUGUGUUCUAACUUCACCGUGGAGGAAAUCCGGCGACUCGGCAAGCGGUUCCGCAAACUGGAUCUGGACAACUCCGGCGGACUGUCCAUCGGCGAGUUUAUGUCGUUGCCAGAGCUGCAGCAUAACCCACUCGUGCACCGCGUCAUCGACAUCUUCGACACAGACGGCGACGGAGAGGUUGACUUCAAAGAGUUCAUCCAAGGCAUGUCGCAGUUUUGUGUGCAGAGCGAUAUGAUGUCCAAGCUGCGGUUUGUCUUCCGCAUCUACGAUAUAGACAAGGAUGGCUUGAUCUCCAACGGAGAGCUCUUCCAGGUGCUGAAGUUGAUGGUGGGCCAACACAUGAAGGACUCGAAGCUACAGCAGGUCAUAGAUAAGACGUUCCUACUCGCGGACAAGGACGAGGACGGCAAGAUAUCGUUUGAAGAGUUCUGCAACGUUGUGGGCAAGACUCACAUGCACAAGAUGAAUAAUAAUAUGGUCAUCAACGUGUAG